AUCACCGCCGCGGCAGAAAGCUUGCGCCUUCGAUUACAAAACAUUUCAGACUCGGCCAUCUUCCACUUCAACUCCCACGUCGCAAGUUAAAACCCUCUACGACUGCCGAACGAGAAGCAAUCCAUCAGAUACCCCUCAGCCUCCGUCACCAUGGCUGCGUGCAGCCUCAUCCCCGUCACCAGCGAAGACGACUUCAACAGCCAAACCGCCGCUCUCCCGCCCACAUGUCUGGCCGUCAUCUACUUCCACGCCCCUUGGGCUGAGCCGUGCAAGCAAAUGAACACCAUCCUGACCACGCUUGCCUCCACCUACGAAAUCACCAACCCGCCGCGGAUAGCCUUCUUCAGCCUCGAUGCGGAAGAGUUGAGCGAGGUCAGCGAGACCUACGACGUCACGCAAGUGCCGCUGGUGGUGCUUCAACGCGAUGGGAAAGUGGUGGAUGCGGUCACCGGCACAGAUGCGGCGAAGGUGCGCGGCGCGGUGGAGAAGCAUGCGGGAUCGUCGACGGGUGGGAAUAAGGCGUCUUUGCCUCCGGCGCAGAAAGUCACUCGACCGGCGGCAGAAGACACUGCAGCCGACACAAACGGCACGACUCAUGGAGCGGCGGCGGAAGAGGAGGAGAAUCUGGAUGAACGCCUCGCGCAGCUCGUCAAAGCAGCAGAUGUCAUGCUGUUCAUGAAGGGCACUCCUUCUGCUCCGCAGUGUGGUUUCAGUCGGCAGACGGUCAGCAUCCUCCGCCAGCGCAAGAUCAAGUACGGCUUCUUCAACAUCCUCGCCGACGACGAUGUCCGACAGGGAUUGAAGAAGUUCUCCGACUGGCCUACCUUUCCUCAGAUCUACGUGCAGGGUGAAUUGAUCGGGGGGUUGGACAUUCUGAAGGAAGAGCUCGACAACGAUCCAGAUUUCUUGAAGCCCUUUAUUCAGCAACCGCAGGCUGUGUGAGAGCUUCAAUCACGUCCAGAAUCGAACUGCAAUCGUUCUGCACGUCUCUCUCUUGCCUCUUUUGCGAUCCCGAGAGUUGCGCGCCUGUUUGGCACUGACUGCCCAAGGUCACAGCGCCGCGGAAGUGGGAAGAAUGAGUGUAUACGCGCGCGAGAUUCAAUGUUCAUAUUGGUGUGUAUUGCCGGAUUGGUCAUGUUGCCUAAUGUACAUCGCUCCUUCCCAUCUUUCGUGCCUUCCGCGUGUUGAGUGGCACCGACCGUCAUCAAACUUCAACC